CUUUUCGAACAAAUCGUUAUUAUUAAGGCACCACAUGAUUGCGGUUUAUGUUUUUACCAAAGAGUCCUGAUGUUUGUUGGUCAGAUAUAUUAGGGGACUUUUUAGAGACAGUGUUCCACCAAAUUUUAUAUGUUGAGCAAUUAUAUUCCAAGGCUGCAUUCACGAAAGUUAAAAAUUAUAAUAUUCCUCUAUAUAAAUGCUUUGGGUCAGAAGCACAAGAUUACAUCACCAAUGUAGUAGAAGGGAUCAAAUUCAUUAUAAAAGAGAAUGCUCUUAAUACCAUAAACUUUAAUAUUUAUGGUUACCGUGCUUAUGAUAAUUCAAGACUUUUAUUAGAAACAUUCACAUUUGAUAUUGGUCAUGUCAGCAAUGAUAGAUUGAAAGAACAAGACGAUUUUGGUUAUGAGCUUUAUGACAUGGUCGAUUCCUUGGAACAACAUUUUCGUGAUAUUAUUCUUUUGAUUUUGUCUUGCAAAUCUCGAAUAUCGAAUGCUAUUACCAUACAAUUAAAUGCAGAUAUUGGACCUUCUACAAAUGUCAAAAGUUUUUCUAUAACUACUUUGAUUCAGAAUUUAACCAAAAAGAUUCCUAUACACUUCAAAAAUUCUAAUAAAAUCAAGAAACAUACAAAUACCACUAUUUUUGCAGAGCUUCAAAAGAAUAUUGAAUUCCCAUGGGUAUCUGCAGAUAAUGAUAUUGAUAUAACACAUUGUAAAAAAAGACUUCUCGAUGACACCAUCACUGACAAAAGUUUUGAAAUUUUAGAGGAUGAUAUUGAUUUAUUAAAAGAUGAAGAAAUCUUAUUUACAUCUACUCCAACUAAAUUUAGGCAAACUGAAGAUACACAAAGUGAAAUAAUAUGUCAAUGCAAUGAUACCAUAUUGAUACCAAUUAAAGAAUUGGACACACCUUUUAUUAAUUUGAAUAUUUAUAUAACCAAGUACUUAUAUUUAGAAUUUGAAAAUUAAUAUAAAAUAUAAUAUUUUUCCAUAAUUUUUAUGACGAAAUAUUUUUAAGUCUAUGAUCUCAAAUACCAUUGUUUAUUUACAUUUUAA